AAUGACGGAAAUAAUGCUACCGGAAAGUAGAUCGGAGAGUUCGAAACCACCACACCUAGUCAGGGUGGUGUUUCCAUACCCAGCACAAGGCCACUUACUUCCUCUACUUGACUUAACUCACCAACUCUGCCUCCGCGGAGUCAACGUCUCCGUCAUCGUCACUCCCGGGAACCUCACUUACCUCUCUCCUCUUCUCUCCGCUCAUCCUUCCUCCGUCACCUCCAUCGUUUUCCCUUUCCCUCCUCAUCCCUCACUCCCCCCCGGCGUCGAAAAUGUCAAAGACAUCGGGAAUUCAGGAAACCUCCCGAUCAUGGCUUCUCUUCGUCAGCUUCGAGAUCCAAUCAUCAAUUGGUUCCGAUCUCAUCCAAAUCCUCCGAUCGCUCUCAUCUCCGAUUUCUUCCUCGGUUGGACUCACGAUCUCUGCGAUCAAAUCUCUAUCCCUCGCUUCGCCUUCUUCUCCAUUAGCUUCUUCUUAGUCUCAGUUCUUCAGUACUGCUUCGAGAACAUCGAUCGGAUCAAAUCAACGGAUCCGGUUCAUCUACUGGAUCUUCCUCGUGCUCCGAUCUUCAAAGAAGAGCAUCUUCCGUCUAUUGUCCGACGAUGUCUCCAAACUCCGUCACCGGAUCUCGAAACCAUGAAAGACUUCUCCAUGAAUCUGUUGAGCUACGGCUCUGUUUUCAACUCUUCACAGGUUCUGGAAGAUGAGUAUCUCGAGUACGUGAAACAGAGAACCGGUGGUCAUGAUCGGGUUUUUGUAAUCGGCCCGCUUUGCUCAUUCGGGUCGGGUCUUAAUUCGGAUCCAGGUUUUAUAGAUCCGGAUUUGCUUAGUUGGCUUGACGGAUCCCCAGACGGGUCAGUCGUCUACGUUUGUUUCGGAAGUCAAAAGGCGUUGACUAAAGACCAGUGUGAUGCUUUGGCUCUAGCUCUUGAGAAAAGCAUGACCCGGUUUGUCUGGGUGGUUAAGAAAGAUCCGAUACCCGACGGGUUCGAGGAUCGGGUAUCUGGACGGGGUUUGGUGGUUAGAGGAUGGGUUUCCCAGCUGGCGGUCUUGCGACACGUGGCGGUUGGUGGAUUUUUGAGCCAUUGUGGAUGGAACUCGGUGCUCGAGGGGAUAACGAGUGGGGCUGUGAUCUUAGGUUGGCCAAUGGAGGCUGACCAGUUUGUGAACGCGAGGUUGCUUGUGGAACAUUUGGGUGUUGCGGUUAGGGUUUGCGAAGGGGGUGAAACUGUGCCUGACUCGGUUGAGUUGGGUCGGGUGAUAGCGGAAACGAUGGGUGUGAGAGGAUGCGAUGUGGCUGCUCGGGCUGAAGAGAUACGACGGAAGACUAAAGUGGCCGUGACGGAGGCAAAUGGAAGCUCUGUUGAAGAUUUACAAAGACUUGUCAAAGAAUUUGGAAGUCAAACUCUAUCACUAGAUGUAAUAAACUAAUUAAUGAUGUGGUCGAGUUUUGAUUGUAAAAUCCAUUUGAUGUCUUUUGGUACUAAAUUUGAAGAACUGAAACUAUAACCGAUA